AUGUCGGCUCCCUAUCUGUUUCGUGUUCUCUCUGAACCCUCCGGAUUGGACCGUCAGAGUUGGGAGAAAUGGUAUUGUUCCGAAAACAUACCCAGCCUGGUCAAAGCAAAGGCUGUUACACGGGCAGCAUUGUACGAGGCGUUCGAUGACUAUCCGCUUGCCACCAAGACGCCGAUUCAAGUGGGCCAGACCGCUUUACACGAUGUCAAAGUUACGCACACCAAUAUUGAGCCUCCGACCGAGAAGACUUUCCUCGCAAUGUGUCAGGUCGAGGAUCCGGCGUCAGCAAGAGAAGAACACUCGAAGAGGAUUGCUCAGACUAGUGAAGUCCUUGCAGGAAAACCUCCAAAGUCUUGUGCCACAUGGGAUUCACGAAUCUACAAGCUAAUCCAGGACUUCGACCCGAAAGGCCUUGGACACACGCCCGCGCCUUACAUUCUCAACGUCCAAAUGGAGCCAGCUGAUGAUGACGAUUACAACACGUUUUACCGGGAUGAACACCUAUACAUGCUCUCAAGAGUCCCCGGCUAUCGUCGCUCGCAGCGCUACCAGUUGGUGUCUUCGGACGAUGUCAACCUCUCGGCGGUACCUAGAUUCAUGGCAGUCCAUGAAUUCGAGUCUCUGGAUGCGUUGGAUGGGCCUGAACUCAGAGAAGCGGAUGCCAGCCCAAAUACACACCGGGUCAUUGGUAAUGCUAAAGGGGUGAGUGUUAGGGGAUUCAAAUUUGUCAAAGGGUUUGGAGAUAUGAAAGGGUAG